CGUAGCGUGGCGGGAAGAUAGUGAAAGUAACGAACCAUUGUGUUUUCGGAUAGAUCCUUCGUUUUUAACCAAGACUUUGGAGAUCUACAGACAGUAGAACUCCAACGGCAUGAUUGGUUCAAAAGCCAUGAGAGAACUGUCGUCGCUCAAACAAGAGCUAAAAUGCUGGGAAAAUAUGUUUGAACGAACCCAUGGCCGUAAGCCCAGCAAGGAUGAUAUCAGCACUGGUUCAGAAGAAAUACGAGAGUCUUACAAAAGAUACAGAACACUGAAAGAAUCAUUGUUGAAGAGAGAGACUGUAGAAUGCCAACAGGAUGACAGUGAGGAAGUUUUUGGCAAGAAUUUAAACAAGAAAAAGGCAGAUUUAAAGCUUUCUACAAUUCCAUUCCAUGCAAAGGAAUGGGCUGACAUUACACCUGUCAGAUUAUGUCAUGGACAGAGGCCUAAGAAAAGAGCUGAUAAAUCACCAACAAAAGAAAAAGCAACAGAGGAUAAUGUAGAUAAGGAUGUUUUAGAUGUCAAACAAUGUGAAAGUACAGAGAAAGAGGCAACCACAUUGAUAAAUUUGGAAAGUAACUUGCAAGAUGUUAGAGUGGUCGAUACCUCAGAGCAUACUUUGAAGUCUUUAACACAGAAAAGAACUGGUUCAAGCUUCCUGCUUCCUAAUCAUCAAUCAAGAAAUGUGAGAUUCAAGAAAAGGGGAGCAAUUUCCUCAGUAUGGCUUCAAAAAUGUAAACCUGAGUUGCCCCCAAAUGAAGACCAUCAAGUGUUGAACUUGGAUGAAUUACAAGAGAAUUUGUUUGAAUCAGAAAACAUUCCCUCCAAUGAGCAAGCAAACAUUGCUAUAGAAAAGGUCUUGGAUAAAGAAAACUGUACUUUUGCUAGACAAAAUGAAAUAAAUGUUGGUUCUCUUCCUGAGAUUGAUCUGGAAACUCAAAAGAAUACGGGUGUUGCAAAAGAUAGCAUAGGAAGGAAGAUGUCUCCUGGAACAGGAUUUAAGGCAGACAAGAAGUGGAGUGUUCAGGAGAGUAGUAACAAGGUGGAUGAUAAGACUGUUGCAUCAAAAUACAAAGACAGGGAAAAUAAAACACACCCAAAUGCAAAACAACAUUUGAAGGUCAGGGAUUUGCCUCAGACGUCACAGGAAAAAUGUCUGACUGGGUCUGUAUCUGUUGCUGAUCCUUUUGAGUCAGAUCAGAUGGGAAUGAAAACUGAUCCACUAGAAAUAACUGGGGAAGCUUCUCAAGAAAUUUCAAACCAUAAAAGAAAGGCUGAUGAAAGAACCUUUGAAUUGGAGAAACCUCACAAGAAGUUGAGAUGUGAAAAUGAUCAUGAAGAACAAGUCCAUGAAGAAAGCAAAUGGGAAGACGAAGAGAAGAAUCUGUCAAACAUAGCAGCUGAACCAGAGCUGCCACUCAGAACUGCUAAAGUAAAGGUGUCAUCAGGCCUUGUCAGUGACAAUUUCCAGAAGCUCAACAUGAAGCACCGUUCUUAUAGACGACGUGGAGGUGGUAUCAGUGGAUCUGCACACAAGAGAAGAGCAUGGAAGCAGAUCAUGAAAUCACGGGGUGAAUUUGUUCCACAGAAAAGUUGGUCAAGCAAGGGACAAAGUGGAAGGGGUGGAAGAUCUGGAACUUGUUUCAAGUGUGGACAAGAGGGUCAUUGGGCUAAGAACUGCAGAGGCCCUAAGAAAUCUCAAGCAGGGCCUAAAAUGGAAAAUAGUGAUCAAGAGAAUGAUGGCAUUGAUAUGGAUGAAUUUGAGCCACUGCCCUCUAUAGAAGAAGCUGCCUUAAUGGCUGCAGGAAUUCAUAGGGAUGAUGUACCACAGGGUGAAAAUCUUGCCAUCUUACCUCAUAAACUUCCAAGGCCAGUGGUCAUGCCACCCACCCCUCCCCCAGCAGUGGAGCCAUUCUAUCAGCCAGUGGAUGGAAAACCUGUUGAUACAACAAAUGAAGUGUUGUCUUCUUUGGAGAAAUUGGGAUUUUCAUCAUUCCGAUCAGGACAACAGGAAGCUGUCAUGAGAAUCCUAUGCGGGAUGUCGUCUCUUGUGGUGCUCUCAACUGGAGCUGGAAAAUCUCUUUGUUAUCAACUUCCUGCUUUUAUGUAUGCCCAACGCUCAUCAUGUUUAACACUAGUUAUUUCACCUCUUGUCUCUCUUAUGGAAGAUCAGAUUACUGGUCUUCCUCAUGGAUUAAAAGGUGCCUGCCUUCACACAAACCUCACUAAAGCCCAACGUCAGAAGGUAGUAGAAGACCUGUGCUCUGGUAAGGUGUCUGUCCUACUUCUCUCCCCUGAGGCCCUGGUAGGAGGGGGUUCGGGAAAUGGGUGCCUUCCUUCUGUUUCACAGCUACCACAGAUUGCUUUCGCUUGCAUAGAUGAAGCUCACUGUGUUUCUGAGUGGUCACACAACUUUCGGCCUUCUUACCUUAGAGUUUGCAAGGUCCUUCGGGAGAAGUUCGGUGUGCGUUGUUUUCUGGGAUUGACAGCCACUGCCACACGUGCAACGGCUGCCUCGGUCGCUGAGCACCUUGGGAUUGCACACGAUCCUGAGGCUGUGAUCAGAGGUGGAGCUGUACCACCUAACUUGUUCUUGUCUGUGUCAUGCGACACUGAUAAGACCCAGGCAUUGUUGCAGUUGCUUCAAGGCCGCCGCUUUUUACACUGUGAUUCAAUUAUAAUCUACUGCACUAGACGAGAACAGACCGAGAAGCUGGCGUCGACCUUACGCACGUGCUUACAGAGCACCAGGCUGGCUUCCGGCUGGAAUGGCUUGGAAGAAUCAGUAGACGAAGGAGAUGCAGAGGAGCCUGGGAAGACCAAAACGAAAUCCAAAGGAAAACGCAAGAAGAAGACAGCCAAAGCGACCGUCCCCAAAUGGGAUGCCGAAUGCUACCAUGCCGGACUAUCUGCCGCCCAAAGACGUCGUGUCCAGAAGCGCUUCAUGACAGGUCAGCUGCGUAUUGUGGUGGCGACUGUAGCAUUUGGCAUGGGUCUGGAUAAAUCAGAUGUUCGAGCUAUAAUCCAUUAUAACUUACCGCGCAGCUUUGAGAGUUAUGUGCAGGAGAUUGGCCGUGCGGGACGGGACGGGAAUCCGUCGCACUGUCACGUGUUUUUGGAUCCCGAGGGUAAAGACAUGUGCGAACUUCGUCGGCACGUUUACGCCAACACAGUGGACCGCUCUUCUCUUAAGAAGCUGGUCCAAAGGACAUUUCCACGUUGUGAUUGUAGAGAACUUCAGAGACAACAAAAAGAACGGCAGCAGGUUGCUGUAAAGAGUGAUUCUAAUGACUAUUUGGAUCUAGAAGGAGAUUAUGACAACAUCAUAGAUACUAACAUGGAGGCUGAAUUACAAGCUUUUGAGCAAAAGUACCAGAGGGAGCUGGAAGUGCGGGAGGAUACUGAUGAGAGGCAAAAAAUAGAAAGAGAAGAAGGAAGUGAAUUAAAUCUGAAGUUAGAUGAGCCUGAUAUUGAUCCUCUAGGAGACAACAAUAUCGAGCAUCCCAGCCUUGAAAAUAGUGUCAAAGGAACUUUAGACUCAAAUCCUCCUAGUGAAUCCAAUACAAGCGCGAAAUCCACAGAAUUCGCUGACAAUAAUCUACAGCCGGCUGAUCAAGUGAAUGCUCAUCGUGUAUGUGGUGGUCACCCGGUCGCUAUGGUAACAGAUGUCAUUGUUCAGGAGCUCGACCUCCGUGAAGAGAGCAUUGCCACUUUACUCUGCUACCUGGAGUUGCACCCUUCCCGCUGGCUAGAAGUACUGCAGCCCGUCAAAUCAACCUGCACGGUGAAGUUUUACGGAGGUCAUGCACAGUUGAGGGAAGUGGCGCAGAAAAUUCCACCAAUUGCUGCUGCUGUGUCGCACACCAGUACAACGCUUGCUAAUUUCAAAAAAUCAGGAACAUUAACUUUCCCGGUGGUAGAGUUGGCUGACAAGAUGGGCUGGGACCUGGCGCCAGUUUGUCGUGAAUUGAGAGCACUUCAGUGGAACACAUCAUUGUCACGUGAACAUUCUCUUUCAAACAUGGGGCAAUCCGGGAUCUUAGUGGAGUUCUCGGAUUUGUCCAUACAUGUUAGAGCGCCUGGGGACCUCUCAGACUCAGAGCGUGACAGUAUUUGCGAUUUCCUCGAGGAUCGCAUACUGGCCGAAGAGAGAACUCAACUGCAACAGCUCCAGUUCGUCUAUGACUCACUGAAAAGCGUUUCGUUCUCGGAGUUUUGGCAAUGCGCUGACGCCGUAGACGAUGAAGCUGAUAACCAGCUAAAACGAAUCGUCAAAAGCUAUUUUGAGGAUUGCAACGACAAAACAAAAGAGGAGCUUGCAACUUUGGCAGAAGCCAGAAAAGCCUCAAGGGUUAUCCGUUCCAGUAUCACGCGUGAAGAUCACGUGAAUUGGGACGGUAUUGCACGUGAUAUUAGAGCCUUGCUAGGAGUCCACCACGAUCACUCUUUUACAGGUCGUGCUGUUGCGCGAAUAUUUCACGGUAUUGAUAGCCCGUGUUAUCCAGCCGAGGUCUGGGGUCGUGAUCGCCGUUUUUGGAGGAAACAUUUGGACGUAGAGUUUAACAGUUUGCGAAAAUUUGCCACUCAAGAACUAAUUAGGUUCAGAUGAGACUUAAUUGAGGAAAUAUUACGGCAGAGAAAUAUGAAAUACUAUGUAAUAAAUGCUAUAUUUAUUUUUCGAUCAA